AGUGUUCCACAACCUAAACUAAGAUCUGGUGCAACCUGUUUCCCUCCUGUCUCUGCUGCGAGUGCACGGGUUCUUAACGUACACCCAUCUCCCCCCUCCUCCGAGAUCCCUUCCCCCACGAGUUUGAAUUGAAACAGCCAGCAAUUGGGUUUAUUUAAAUAACGGGUCGUGUUCUGUAAUCGGGUCAAAGAUCAUGGAUCGGGCGUUUGUUUUCUUACUGUCUCUCUGCCUCUUGUUGCAAACGUCUCUCUCGAUUGAGAAUUUUCACCAGGCUUUUCCUAUAGUGGAGCCUGAUCCGAAUCAUACAAAGCUUCGGCUUAGUAGAGAAGGUUUGGAAGCAAUUAGCAGAAUCACUACUCCUAUUGCUGCUGUUGCGGUGAUUGGCCCAUACCGUUCUGGAAAAUCUUUUCUACUCAAUCAGCUUCUUUCCCUUUCUUGUUAUGAAGGUUUUGGUGUUGGACACAUGCGUGAUACAAAAACAAAAGGUAUCUGGGUGUGGGGAACACCACUAGAGCUAGAGAUUGACGGAGUUAAAACUUCAAUUAUUUACCUUGACACUGAAGGAUUUGAAAGUGUUGGAAAGUCAAAUGUUUAUGACGAUCGAAUAUUUGCUCUGGCAACAGUUAUGAGUUCUGUGCUUAUCUAUAAUCUGCCUGAAACCAUCCGCGAAGCUGAUAUUUCUAGGCUCUCCUUUGCUGUUGAGUUAGCAGAAGAAUUUUACGGAAGAGUAAAGGGACAAGACGUUGCUUUUGAACCGUCAAAGCUCCUGUGGCUUAUCCAGCGUGAUUUUCUGCAAGGUAAGUCGGUGAAGGAAAUGGUGGAUGAAGCUCUCAAACACGUCCCUAAUGAAGAUGGUAACAAAAACAUUGAUCAGGUUAACCGGAUCCGGGAUUCCUUGGCGAUUAUGGGUGACAACAGCACUGCCUUCAGCUUACCACAGCCUCACCUCAUGCGGACGAAGCUGUGUGAUCUGAAGGAUGAGGAACUGGACCCUACCUAUGUGGCAAGGCGUGACCAAUUGAAAAAGCUCGUUGCUAGUAUCCUCCGCCCAAAGAUAGUGCAGGGGAAAGCAUUAAAUGGAAAGGAGUUUAUUUCUUUCCUGGAACAGAUACUGGAUGCGCUAAAUAAAGGAGAGAUUCCAUCAACAGGGUCACUAGUUGAGAUAUUCAAUAAAGAUAUCGUUGAGAGAUGUGUGAAGCUGUACAAUGAGAGGAUGGUGAAACUGCGGCUACCUAUGUCCGAAGAGUAUCUCCAAAGUGCACAUGAAACAGCACAUAACGAAGCUAUCAAAGCGUUUGACGCUCAGCAUUUCGGAAGACAGCAUGCGAAGAAAUCUGUGGAUCAGUUGGAUGAACAGAUGCAAGAGGUAUAUAAGAAUUUUGUUCUUGCAAAUGAAUACCAAUCGUCAAAGCUCUGCGAGGCGCUGUACACAAAGUGUGAAGACGACAUGGACCACUUGCAAGCUCUCCGGCUCCCUUCCAUGGCGAAAUUCAACGCAGGUUUCGUGUACUGCAACCAGAGUUUUGAACACCAAUGUGUCGGUCCUUCGAAACAAAGCUAUGAGCAGAGGUUAACCAAGAUGAUGGGGAAGGCACGGUCAUUGUUCAUCAAAGAAUACAAUAACAGGCUGUUCAACUGGCUGGUUGCGUUCUCUCUGGUAACGGUAGUGGUGGGACGGUUCAUUAUAAAGUUCAUUUUGUUGGAAAUGGCGGCAUGGAUACUCUUCAUAUUCUUGGAGACGUACACAAGGAUGUUCUGGACAGCGGAAUCUCUUUUCUACAACCCGGUCUGGCAUUUCAUCGUUGGGACUUGGGAGACUGUUGUGUAUAGUCCCGUUCUCGACUUGGACAGAUGGGCGAUUCCUAUAGUCUGCAUUAUUGCAUUGUGUGUGCUUUAUUGGCGGUGUUAUGGAAAGAGGAAACACGGGUCUAGUUGGCUUCUUCCGAUGUACAACAAGAAUGGUCGGAGCAGGGAACGGUCAGAGUAAAACACAUUGCUCCUCCUUCCUUACACCCUUAUAACUUAUAUAGCAUCUUCUCGGGCAUGCUCCUUGCUUUUGUCAUCGGAAGCUCUCUGCCCGUUACAACCAAUUUUUUUGGACGCAGAAGAAGAAUUUCAGUUAACAAGUGAAGAAAGAAUAGAGAUGAUGAUUUGAUUGAUCCAUGUUGGUUUUGCUUUGAUGCCUAUAUUCACUGCAAUCUGUACCAUUUACAUAGAAUUACAUUUAUCAUGUUUUAAGCCUCGUGGAGACUUGUUGACGAUGGUCCAAAGAAAAUUAUCAUCUUUUUCAGAACACUAGUGAUUGAAUCA